AUGCAUUUCGCCACUCUCAUUCUCGCUUCCAUAAUCUCUGCCGCUUCUGCAGACUUUACGUCUUACUGCUGUCCCGAUAGACAACCCAUCUCGGCAGGUGACAUUGCCUGGGCCUUGGACGCCAAGAAUGGCCGAAUAACCGAGAUGGGUGUUGCUGGAGGCGCCAGUUACACACACCAGGUUGGCACUUGUACAUUUGGCGGCGACACCAAAAUGGCCUGCGGCAAAUACACCACGUCAGCCCGAACGAGAGAACGAGCUGGAACAAAGCUCAAAGGCGGCUUCCUUGAGUGCGACGAUGUCAUGUAUAUGAAGGCUAACCUUUGGUCGUGCCCAUUUUAA